UUGAGAAUAAUACUUGGUCGUACGAGUCCACUUUAAUCAACAUGUUCAAAUAUCUGCUGUUCGCUGCUAUUCUUGCGUUUGCUGCCGCAAAGCCUUUGGUGUAUGAGUACCCAGUUGCCUACACCGCCCCAGUUGCCGCUGCAUAUACUUCACCUGUUGCGUACUCUGCAUAUUCCGCCUACUCACCUCUUGGCUAUUCUGCCUACACCUACUCGGCCCCAUACACUUACUACGUUCGCUGAUUGACAACCAAAAGGCUAUUUUGAAUGCGAUUGAAUUUCGAUUAUGUU